AGUAAUUUUACACCCUCAACUCGUGCCAUGCCCUCUCGACACAUCCUGACCUUCCUCGCUCCGGCUUGGGGCCAUGCACUGCCUUAUAUUCAUCUUACGACUCGAAUGCUGGCCUCGGAUCCGGAGCUGGUUAUCACCAUUGUGCAGCACAAGAGCUUUGUUGGGAGAAUGUUGAAAGAGCUGGAAUCAUGUUCCUAUGAUGUCUGCAGGUUGAAGAUUGAGGGUGUAGGCGACGCCGACCUCCAAUCAUCACCGGAAAACAUUAAAACGUGUGUGGGGCAGCUCGCAGCUGGAUGGCUCGAGAUUCUCGCGAGCGCAGUUGGCGUGGGGUCCGAUUGGCCCAGACCUCAGACAUUACAUGUGCGCAAGCUUUUCAUUCUGUAUCAGGAAGCUGAACUUCCGGAACAGAUGGAUUUGGGUGGAGGAGGACUCGUUAUUAAAGAAUCGAAGGCAUUGUUGGGACCGCGGGGCAAAGUUCUGCUCUGGUGCUCCACCGGGCUCGCAGCAUGCAUGGAUUAUUUUGCCCCAUUCGACUACGCCAAGAUCGCGCACGAGAUAUACAUUGACGAGAGCAGAAGAGGAGGGAGAACGAUGGAGGACAUUAUCGGCGACCUCAUCCAGGUCGUGUGGGCCGGCAAUGGAAGCGACAAACUCGACGGGAGGAUCUUCGAAAUCUUCGGUGGAAUGAAAAUAUACGAUCACGAGCGCACAGCACAGGGCGCAGGGCCACCGCGCGACUUUGCUUUGGUCAUGGUAUCCGCACAGGAACUGGCGCGGCUAUGUGACGGCUUCUUUUGUCCCACUAGUAACCCUUUGGAGUCCUCAGUGAUUCCCCUCGCUCGUGAAUACUACAAACAGCGUGGACAAGAGCUGUUUCUGGUCGGUCCUCAGAUGCACGAUGAUGAGUGGGAGGCCCCGUCAGCAGGUCCUGGUCCUAAGGAUGAAAGAAUGAAAACAUUCUUGGAUGAUGCGCGCAAAACACACGGGCCUAAAUCUGUGCUGUACAUCUCCUUCGGUUCGUUUUUCUUCCCCGCACAGACACCUCAGCUGCUUGAGGCGUUGGUUGACGUGCUGCUCAAUCUCGAUACCGUCAUCCCCUUCGUAUUUGUCCUGGGGUCGGCGAUGGCUUCUCUGCCGGAAGUAACCAUCGAUCGCAUUCACGCCAGCGGCCGAGGACUUGUAUGCGCUCAUUGGGUCGAUCAGAAAGCCGUCUUGAAGGGUGGUGCAAUCGGCUGGUUUUUGACUCAUGGCGGCUACAACUCGUUGACUGAGGGGCUGAGCCAAGGAAUUCCGCUUAUUUUCUGGCCCAUUGGAGCAGACCAAGCUCUCAAUGCCGCUGUUUAUACGACGGGUCCCUGUCCCGUCGGAAUCGAGCUAUUUCAGAUCCGAUCUGGAACUCAACUAGGCCCUUCGCUUCGUCCUGAAGCACCCAAGAUCACAGGAACAGUUGAAGACGCGAAGACCGAGUUCGAGCAGGCAUUCAGGGAUCUCAAAGGACCCAGAGGCGAACUCCUUAGACAAAACGCCACCCGCAUUGCAGAGCUUUGGCGCGAGGAGAGAGUCAACGGGGAACCCGUAAAGGAGAUCGCGAGGCUGACGAGAUUCUGAAAUAGAUCUAGACUGACCAUUAGACACCGAAUUAGUGUAGAGACCCGUA